CAAACGUCAAGUACGAAAUUCAAAUUGUUCAAAUUUUUCCUUACAAUAUUAACUUUGUUUCUUAUAAAAUAUGUUAAUUACUUAUACCCAAGCGUGAAGCAAUAGGUUUUCUUCCAUACAUGCGCUUUUAUAGCAUAUGUGAUAAACGUAAAAAAUAGUUUUACUAGUAUUUCGUAUUAUAACCUUUCAAACAAUCUAAAGUGAUUGGUGAAAUAUAACAGCAAUAACAUAAAUAUAUCCUAUAUGCUUAUUCCAAAUACCGAAUAUAUAUUUUCAUAAUGGUCUUGGCUCAUAAUAUCGUAGAAGUUCAAAGAACUAAAGAUAUUCAAAUAUGUGAAGAUACAACAUUUGACACAAUGAUGUUAUCACCAAAUAUUCUAACUGGGUUACAAACAUCUGGAUUUAUAAAGCCUUCUCCUAUACAGCUUUUAGGUAUUCCUUUGGGGAAGUUAGGUUUAGAUUUAUUGUUGGAAGCUAAAUCAGGAACCGGUAAAACUGUUGUUUUCUCAACAAUUGCAUUAGAAAAACUUAAUUUAAGCAAAGGUUUGCAAGUUGUUAUUAUAACUCCAACACGGGAAAUAGCUGUACAGAUAAGUGAUGUUCUCAAACAGAUAGGAUCAAAAUGUGAAGGUCUCACUAUAGAAGUUGUAAUAGGAGGACUUCCAUAUCACGAAGAUGUUGAAAAAUUGAAACAAAAUGUUCAUAUACUUGUUGGAACCCCGGGGCGCUUGAAAUAUUUAAUUCAGGACAAACAUAUAGAAACAAGUGCUAUACGUCUCUUUAUAUUAGAUGAGGCAGAUAAAUUAAUGGAGGCAAGCUUCCAAGAUGACAUUAAAUACAUACAUUCCGCCUUGCCAAAACAAAAACAAGUCAUAAUGAGUAGUGCAACAUAUCCUGAAACUGUUAUGCAUGUUAUAAAUGAAUUGGUUCAAGAUGCACAACAUGUCUGUCCAAAUAGUAGCAAUGUCUUACUUGGUGUGAGCCACAAAGUAACUUAUGUUAUGAGUAAUAGCAACAGUGUUAGACAAACAGAAAUAAGAUUUGAAGAACUUACAAAAAUUUUAACAGAAACACAAUUUAAGCAAUGUGUAAUAUUUUGCAAAUACCAAGCCAGGGUAUCUCAACUCCAUAAAAUGUUAACUAAGGCCAAAUGGCCUUCAGAACUUGUAUAUGGCAAACAAGAUCAAGUUGUAAGGUUGGAUGCCCUUAAAACACUACAAGAGUAUAAAUGUAGAAUUUUAAUAUCAACUGAUUUAGUUUCAAGAGGUAUAGAUGCAAAAAAUGUUGAUUUAGUUAUUAAUUUUGAACCCCCUGAUACAUGUGAGACAUAUUUACAUAGAAUUGGUAGAUCAGGAAGGUAUGGAUCUAUUGGUAUGGCUAUUUCCAUAGUAAGUGAAGGAGUGGAGAGAAAGUAUUUCCAUGCUAUGCUUGAACCAAUAAUUAAUUCAAUUAAUUUAGAAAACUAUUGGACUGGUGAACAUUUUGACCAUUGUAUGAAUGAGAACAAUCUUCAAUUGAAAAUAAGUGAUACAUUGAAUGAUGUGAAUAGGAAUCUAGAAGAAACCCAUGAUUAUGAAAAUUUAUGGAAGUUUAUAAUAGGACAUAAUGAAGAAUCUGAAGAAAUAGAAAGCUUUGAAGAUUUGUGCCUUUCUUAUAAAAAAAUAGAUAAAAGUGAUAGUGAUAAAAUUGAAUCUUUCUCAGAUUUACUACAGAGCUAUCAAAAUAUUAGCAAUGAUAUCAAUAAAGAAGAGACUAUAGAGUAUAAACAAAUGAAUUUUGACAAUAUGGUAUUUAGGAACUAUAUAAAUAAUGUUAGAAAUCUUAAAGAAAAAUUUGAAACCAGUAUUACACACAAAACAAAUAAAAUCAAGAGUAAUUGUGAAUCUCAUAGUAGUGUGCAUAUAAUGCAAGACACCAAAAAUGCUUGGAAAGGAAAUUUAGUCCAUAAAAUGAUUGACGAAAAUGGGAAUUCUAUCAAAAAGAAAUUAGAAAUAAAUGGAAUAAGUGAAGGAGUAACAUCAAAUAAUAAUCACUUAAUAUCCAUAACAGAAAAUUAUAUAGAUGCAGAUGAUUUUAUUUCACAACUUCCAGAGUCAUUUCAUAAAUCUGCAUACAAAAACCAUUAUAAGAACAAAAAUACAAUGAAUCAACAUGAAUCGACAAAGAAAGGAAUAUCCCAUAUCAUAAAAAAAGUAAAACCUGAUAAAAGAUCAUGCUCAUCAAACAAUCAAGCAAAGCAAGCAUUUAUGGCAACUCUUUGCAAACAUGAAGAUGAUGGGUUAUAUUAUGAUGAGAAAGAAACGAAACAUGUCCAUAAGGGUAAUUUAAAUGUUAAACCUUCCAUAGAUAAGACAUCAUUUGGAUACAAUACACAAAGUUCCAAUUAUAAUGACGAAAUAAAUAGGCAAACCUCUUAUUACCAGUGGUAUAAUCAAUUAAAAAGUAAUGUAAAACAUAUUGAGCAGUAUUUAUACAUAAGUGAAAUGAGCAAACCCUAAUGUGAAGUUGGAAAUAAUUUUCCCAGAACUGGAAACAGAAAAAUGGAUAAUACACUGUGAUAUAUAAUAUAAUUAAUAAAUCUAGGACAAAUUGAAUAAAAAAUAUUGUCAGUAUUUAAGUACAAUUUUUAUUUAAAUCUUAAAACAAACCAAAACACUCACAAGACUAGAUUAAAAUUUAUAGCAACAUUAUUCAAUAAUUCACUUAAAUGACCACUCCUAAAUAACAUAGCUUUUUGUUACAAAUGAUACACAUACAAUAAUCAAAUCAAUAAGGCGCAGAAUUUUUUUAUGUAACAAUGUGACUAUUACUUUAGUGUAGAUUUACAGGCAAUAAUUUCUGUGCCUUUUGUAUCAUCUAUUUAUAUUAAAUCAUAAUGUUUGUAAUCUAGCUGAUCUAAAUUUACCGAGUGGAGUUUAUUUGGCCAAAGUAAUGUCUUGUUUUGUUCAAAAUAUGCUUAAUGAGGUAUUUAAUAUGGCAUGCACAAAAAUAUAAUAAUCAUAGUGUAUUUGUGUGGUCAAAAAUCCAAAUUAAAAUUAUUUUUAUUUUAAAGUAAUUUAACUAUCUACUAUCUACAUACUAAUUGAUAGUAAAAUUAUAAAAAUUAUUUGGCUGAUAGGAAUUAAUGACAAUAACUUACUACAUAUACAAUUAAUAUACUAAUUUUAAUUGUACAGGAAACAUCACUUGGUAAAAAAAAAUCAUACAAGUAUGAAAUGUAAUUGGAAAAAAUAACUGCAAUUUUAAAUGCAUG